AAUGCCCCAGUUCAAAGACAACUCAUAAUCUGCAAGCAUGAGUAGGACUCCAGGUAUAGUGGCAUCUUCCACACCUGUUUAUGUUGAAGCUGUUCUGGAAGAUGGAAGGAUCAUGAUCAUACCAGCUCAAGCUAUUCCUACCUCAUCUGUUCCUCAACAGAAUGGCCAACCUAUUCAGAUACAGAAUGCAGUUGUUUCACAAGUGCAGAGCACCAACAUAUCUGUUCCUGUAACUUCAGCUGUAUCUACACAGUUAAGUAGAUCUUUUCAUGUUCGUGAGCAGCAAAAUAAUCCUAAUUCAAUACAGUUGCAACCCCUUGAUAGACAAUGUACCAGCAAUAGAGCCUCAGUUCAGGUGUCUCGCCAUCAAGAGGCACCCAAGCAAGAAGACCUCUAUGGAACACUCUCUAAUCAACAUGUUCCCUCCAAUAUCGAUAUAACUAAUAUAGUUCAGUCUAUUCAUAUUGAACCUUCAAAUGAAAAAGGCCCCCAAGGUGAAGAUCAAUCAUUGCAUCGGACUACUUGUAUGAUGAAUUGUGGAAAUGACCGAAACAGUAAAGGUAGUGCAAGACUUGUCACUGAUGAUAGGUGUGGACAUAUUGUGUGUUUAAACUGUCUCAUGAAGUCUCCUAAUUGCUGCCCUAUCUGUGAUAAUGGUCAUGAUCAUGUUUUGAAUAGAAACUCAGUGAUAACAAAUAAAAAAGAGCAAAAUGAAUGCUCUACCUGCGGCAAAACCUUUAAAAGACCUUCAGACCUAUUGAGACACCGCAGAAUUUGUCAUGGUGACAAUGACGGAGCAUUUUCUUGUCCAGUUUGCAACAAAAAAUUCACCAGGGCUUUUGAUCUCAAAAGACACACCAUCACCCAUAAUACUGAGAAAAAGUAUGAAUGUGGAAAAUGUGGGGCAAAAUUUAAUAGAACUGAGAAUAUGAAAAGACAUUUACAAGCUCAUUCAGGAGAAAAACCUUUCCAAUGUCCAGAGUGCAAAAAAGAAUUUGGUCAACAAGAAAAUUUGAAUAGACAUAUUCUAAGUCACACAGGAGAUUUUCAGCGAUAUAAGUGCAACAAGUGUGAUAAGGACUUUACAAGACUAGCAAGUCUCAGAAGACAUGAACACCGGCACAAUGGUGAUUGGCCUUACACUUGCCAUGACUGUGACCCACCUCGUGGAUUUUCUGAACCUGGACUUUUUAGAAAGCACAGACUAACACAUAAGGGAAUAAAGCCAUAUGUUUGUAAUGCUUGCAACAAAGGUUUCAACAAUCCUAAAGCUUAUAGAAAUCAUAGGCGUAUUCACACCGGAGAGCGUCCUUAUGUUUGUAAAGUGUGUGAGGUUGCAUUUUCUCAGUGGGGUCACCUCAAACGUCACAAGAAAGUUCACGAAAAGCAAGAUGCCAAAGCUGCAGGAUGUUAUAUAAGACGCCCUCAGGGAUACCCUCGCAGGCAAGCUGAUCCUUACAAGCCUAAAUUACCAUUAUCAGCUUACUUCCUGUGGUUUAUGGACGCUAGAGAGAGGAUUUUAAAAGCAAAUCCUCAUCUGAAUAUGCCUGAGCUAGCAAAAGCUGGUGGUCGUCUAUGGAAAACUAUAAAUCAGGAAGAGAGAAAAUUUUAUGAGAAGAAGGCUAUUUCGGAAAGAGAGCGUUACAGAAAGCAGUUAGAAGAAUACACAAGGAAGCGUAGACAAACCUUCAAGCCUGCGAAUGUUAAUGGUGUUUUGUCAAAGUCUGACAUGUGUGUCGGAACAGAUACAGAAUUUGAUCCAAAUUCUAAAGAAACCCACUCAUCUCCUCUAGUUGCCCCUGAGAAUCAGGGUAAAACAAACUCUAGUGGUGGGUUUGAUGGAAAUCUUUUAGAAUCUGCAGGGCGAAGUGUGGGUUUGCUUCCUGAUGCUUACUCCGGAGAGGUGGUCCAGCUUGACUCUGCAAACACCUUCAAUCACUUCCAUUCUACCAGUUCAACCUUCUCACGAGUACCUGCUAGAACUUAUCAAGACUUUUCUGAGUCCAGACACUCUGUGACUGAUGCAGCUAUGCCAGCUAGAACUGUCCCUACCAACGUAACUCUCACCACACUUUCCAGCAACUCCCAUGGUCCCAGACCAAGCGUAUCCCAUGAAGCUCACUCUGGUAUGACUGCGCCCCAUUUCAAUACUUUUAACAGAUACCAGUCUGGCGAGGAUUUUGUAGUUGCUGAUUAUCCGUUCACCAAUUCUCCAACUCACAUUUUAGACUUCAGCAACAGAGUCGAGGGUUCCGCUGCAGAAGCCACGUGAUAGUGUAGUGAUAAUUGUGAUGCUGGUUUAUUCUUUCAUCAGGUACCUUGUGUGAAUUAGUGUGUGUAAA